AUGGGGACGACAAUCGACAGGAACAUAGCAUCUAGUAAGAAGGCCCGCAAGAGCACACCAAAGGUCAGGUCCGGUUGCAUUACGUGCAAAGCCCGGCGGGUGAAGUGCGACGAGCAGAAGCCCGAAUGUCAACGCUGUCUCCGCGCCAACAGGAAAUGCGAAGGUUACCCAGUGGGUGCUCGUGGACAGGCCACGCAGCAGCUGCCCCUGGAGCCAACCUCGAUCACGGCAUACAGCAUCCCCUUCAAGGUCCCCGGUAGUCAGGCGGACCGGCAGCUGCUCCACUACUUCUGCAGUCAAGCAGCCUGGAAUCUGUCCAGUUGCACAGAUCCUACCUUGUGGACAGAACUAAUACUGCAACGUGCCAACCAUCAACCAGUCAUCCGCAAUGCAUUGGUCGCGCUUAGUUCGCUGCACAAGGACUACCUGUGUGGGGAGCUGGCCGGAGCCGGGACCGAUCAGUAUGAGACGCCCACUCCGUACUCGGCUGCGAACGUGAAGGCCAUGGCCAUGAUCAGCAGAUGCCACCGACAGUUGAGAUACUACCUUUCCCGACCCGACGCGUCUCCGGACGUGGCUCUCGUCUGUAGCGUGAUAUUUUACACGUUUGAGUCCCUGCUAGGCGAAUCGCAGCGGGCAAUCUGGCACCUAGACCAGGGCUUGAUUUUGCUUAGGAAGUGCCAGCUUGACACAUCGUUCGUGUCGAAUGAUGAUUCCCUGAUCCCGCACCUAAGCACGCUGCUGCACCAUCUGGACCUUCAGGCCAGUUGCUUCGACGACCGGCGGCCUCCCUUGUUGACACUCGCCACGGAUGCGGAAAUAAAAGGCCACGUCGACAUCGUUCCCGACACUUUUCUCGACCUGACGCACGCUGAAGCCGUCCUCACCAAGAUCCAGAAUUGGGUGCUGCACCAUCUCGUCAACUAUGUACAUUAUCGAGGAGCCGCGGUGGAAGAGCUGCCGUCCGAAUCCUUCGUCGAGCGACUCGUGCUCGCGGCGCAGCUCCAGAAGUACGAAGCCGUCUUGGACACGUUCGCAUACCAUAGGAGCCCCAUCUUGAAUACAGAGUGCCAUGGAGAGGACCAUCGUCAGCAACGUACGCAACGCAUUUUGCUCCUUCGCGUCAACCUACACACCUUCAUCUACCUGGUCAAGGAGAACCUGCCCCUAGUCACGGCCGAUACAUACGACAUGGCAAAGAAGGUCAUGGCGUUGCUGCCCGGAUACAGCGGGAGGCCUCUCCCACAGAUCGUGCUAUCGAGCGGCAACACGGAAGCCGACCUCGAGAGCGCCCUAGCGAGCAUAGAAGCCCUCCUCUCCCAGACAUGGCCGCCGGACUCUGCAGCUCCCAGUACAGAAAGCCCGACCCGAACCUACACGCUUUCGACGCACCUGAUCGCGGCGAUCUACUUCCUCAGCCUCAAGACCACGAACAAGCAGAUUCUCGAAAAGGCCACGGCCUUGUUCUCGCACCCUCGGCUCCGCCACGCCCGCGACGGCCUGUGGGAUGCCCGCACCGCGGCCUUUCUCGUCAGCAACCUCGCCGGGGUUCGUCAAAAUGGCAACGUCACGGAGGGCCGCAACGCCAGCGAUAUCCUCAUGCACAUUGCCGAGCAGGACGUUGGCGUCGAUAUUGCCCAGCUGCAGCGGAUUUUCAGCUUGAGCGAGAAAUCCGGCCUCCCGAUGAUGCAGUCCAAGAAGUUCACCCUGGUGCUGCGGCAAGGUGCUAUGGUGCGCAGGCACAUCGGGCAAGAAUACAGUGUGGAUACCUCUACCUCUAUUUCAGCCACGGCCGGGCGCGACGCCUACGAUCACCACUCCGAGCAUCAACACAUUGCCGACGCGAACUACACACUGUCUACAGACCACCUGGCCCCGAUGCCCGUCCCUCCAAGAAGAACACCGGGCAAGACUGGCCCAUCCAGAGCCCCGGGGACGUGCGGCCGAGAAAGGCAAUCUGAGGACACAACAGACGUAUACCCGCAGUAUAUCACGACGGGGAUUAAGUCAGGAACGUGUCUUUCCACCCUUUCUGGCGUGUCCAAGCCCAAGCCCACGCCCGUCAUCACCCGUCCCCUCCAUUUCUGA